UCUAGCAGUCGCAAUGUUGCAUGAACUGGAUUUGGAUGCGGGUUCCAUGACCACAGCCACGUUGGAGCUGCUGGAGGAGCCGGAGUCGGCACCACAGUUGCGCUUCUAUAGCGUCGGUCCAAGCUCUUAUCGUGUGCGUUGUCCACUUUGCCAGCAACAAGCGGUCACGGAGACAGUGCAAAUGUCCGGUGCUCUGGGUCAGCUGAGUUGCUUGCUCUCUGCGUUCUCCUGCUGCUUUCCCAUAUUUGCUCUGAGCUGCGUUUACAUGUGUCUGCAGAGUCAACUGAAAAGCAAGCGCGUGUUUUGCAGCAGCUGUGGCGGUCAUCUGGGUUUCCAUUGGCGCCCCAUCUAAUAUAUAUUUCGUUUGCAUUGACUUGUCUAUAAAUAAACGCAUCUAGUCGCUGUGACCACAAUUCUGUAUAUUUU